AUGGCGACCGCUGAGAAGCGCAAGUCGCUCGGCAAGCUCGACAAGCAGCUCGAUGAACAGCUUGACAAGCUUCCCUUCGACAAGGAGAGGUUGAAGCAGGAAUUUGACUUGUCCCACUUCGAUUUGAACCAAAUCCUGCGCGGCAUCCAGUUGACGCUGGUAGGAGUGCUAAUGCCGACUGCCGUCAAAGCUCACCGGGCGCUACAGAAUCCUGCUUUGUUCACCUCGGACCAUUACCGACAGGCCGGCAUCGCCGUCUUGAGCGGCCUCGCCAUCCGUCUUGUCAUUUCUAUUCCCAUCAUUGGCGUAAGAGUUCUUCUUUGGACUCUCUCACUGUUUGUGAGCCUGGACCAUGUCACCUGGGACGAUCAGAUCGUCGGGGGUCUCAACUUCAUUGAGGAAUACGUGCUGCAGGUCCCCUUCUUCCUGAUGGCCCUGAUGCGCUACGUCACGCCAACUCUCGACAACAUGUUCAUGGACUCGCUGAACUGGGUCGACAAGACAUACGUCCACAAGCACAAGAACGAGGACCCCGAUAAGCUACGAGACAUGUAUUAUCCCAACCUGAGGACGUACAAGGUCAGCGACGGCAGCACUCACACGACAAGCACCGCCGAGGCCAUCAGCAUGUUUUUGUACCGCUUUGCUAGGAAAGGCGCCAUCUCCCUCGCUGUUUUCGCUCUGUCCUAUCUUCCCUUCGUGGGCCGAUUCGUGUUGCCUGCAGCCAGUUUCUACACAUUCAACAAGGCGGUUGGUCUGGGGCCAGCUUCUCUCAUCUUUGGAACGGGUAUUUUCUUGCCCAAGCGUUACAUUGUCAUCUUCCUGCAGAGCUACUUUGCCUCGAGAAGUCUGAUGAGGGAGCUGCUAGAGCCUUACUUCUCCCGCGUCCAUUUCACCAAGGAGCAGAAGAAGAACUGGUUCCGCAACCGUGAGGGUAUCUUAUUUGGCUUUGCCAUUGGCUUUUACACCCUGAUCAAGAUCCCCCUUGUCGGGGUCCUGAUCUACGGCAUUGCUGAGGCAUCGACGGCGUACCUGAUUACCAAGAUCACGGAUCCCCCCCCGCCUGCCACUGAGAGGGUUGCUUUUGCCGAGAGCCAACAAGAGUGGACCAACAAGCACGAGUUCCUCAACCUGUCGCUGAGCGAGAUGGAUGCUAUCCAUCUCAAAUCUCGCCCCCCGAAUUCUACAGGGGACACUCAAAAACACGAGUAA